AUGAACGCCAUCUACAGCCAUGCCGUGAAGCAGAAGAGCGCACUGCAGAAGGACCUCGCGCGGUUCGAGGCGGACCCGCUUGGGGCUCCGAUCUCGCUGCAGGGCACGAUCGCAGCGACGCUUGUCGCGCUGGAGAAGACCGUACGGCAGUUCAGGGAGUACCUCGUGGCACACUCUGGUGCCCCCCAAGACGAGAAGUUCGAGGCCCGGCUCGUUGGGUUGCAGAGAGACCUUGACGAGUUCACGAAGCGGUUCAAAGCGCUGAAGUUGCAGUACAACGACUCGCAGCAACAGCAGCGCACACAGUUGUUUGGCAAGGGAGCCUCCACGGCGAAUGAGAACCCGUUCAUGGACGAGACCGCUCUGAACAAGCGCGGCGGUGCUGGUUCCUCACAACAACAACAGCGGCAGGAACCGCUGCCCCUCUACCAGGGACUUGAGAAGGAGAACUCUAUUUUCCAGCGCGGGAACACGCAGUUGGACUACAUAUUGGAGAUGGGCCAGGCAUCGCUGCACGAUAUAAUCGACCAGAACGAGAUACUCGAGCGGAUGCAGUCCACCAUGUCCAAGAGCCUGCGAACGCUGCACGUCUCGGAGUCCACCAUACAGUCGAUCAACAGCCGCCUCUUCAAAGAUAAACUCAUCUUCUGGAUAGCUCUCAUCCUCAUGUUUACAGGGAUGUACUUCGUGUACAAGUGGUUCCAUUAG